AAAACCGUGUGCUUGCAGAGGUCGUUGCUUGGACCCAAUCUUGUCGCCAGCGCCGAGCCCGGUGCCUGAGUCAGCGAUAUCGAUUGCGCGUCGUCCUAGAAAAGGUGCACUUUACCUUCUAGCGAUAUUGUAUCCUGCUUCUUCAACGAGGAAGUCUUGCCUUUCAAAACCUCGCCAUCUUCGGGCACUAUCUCCGUCUCAUCCACCAUUUCGGCCCAUGGAAGCAGAUCUGGUUGGCGCUGAGCGACGCAUAUCGUCGCUCCCCACGGAGACGCUGCUCGACAUCUUCGACCACUGUCGCGUCAAAUACUACGAUUUUGCCCUGGAUUCCAUUUCUGUUCGCGGCGGCCCGCUGUCUGUGACAUCCGUCUGCCAGCGCUGGCGCCAUGUAGCUCUCAGCACACCGACCCUCUGGACGGACGUACACCUCAACAUCUAUCCUCAUCCGCUCGGGGACGUGAUCGCGCGCCUGCAGAGCCUCCUCGAGCGCUCCGGAGACCUCCCACUCUCCGUGAUCGUACGAAAUCACGGCAUCGCGCCCCUCUCAGGCUUAGUACCGGCGCUGCAGCUCCUAGCAUCACAUAGCACGCGCUGGGAACAUGCCGACAUCGCGCUGAGGAACAACCACUUCUGCAACCUCACCUCGAUCCGCGGAUGCCUUCCUCUCCUGAGAAGGGCCACCAUUUACAUCAGAGGCUAUAUCAUUGGCGCACAGUGGGAUCCGUAUCGCGGCCUCUUCGUCGAGUGCCCGGCUCUGGAGUCCUUCGAGCACGUCGGCCAGAAUUUUGACUUGCCGUGGAAGCAGCUCAUUCGCUAUUCUGCGAGACCGUUGCUGCCGCUUCAGUUCCAUGACCUGAAGGGCUUGAAGAACGUCCGCGCGCUGGAGCUUCAGACCGUACUUGUUAAUGACUUCACCUCCGAGCAACGAAGCUCUCAGCUCCACCUGCCCAGCCUGGAGAGAGCGUUCAUCGCCGCGGUUGACCUAUCGACCUUGCGGGCACCUGCGCUUACCGAAUGUCAUAUCUACGGCCAUCUAGAGACAGUAGAGUCCGUUCACGAGCUCGCGAACGCACUCAGCGCCGGCCCCUGCUCGCUUACAGCUCUAUCGAUAUACCUGUAUCACAAGGCCGCGAGUGCGGAGGCGCUCUCUCGUGUCCUGGUCGCCUGCCCAAACCUGCGCGUGCUGCGGCUCAGGCUCCAGUACGAGCUCUUUGACGACGGGGAUGCUAGCGCACUGCUAAUCGAACUCUUCACAACUCUCAUCAUCCGCGAAGAUGCGCUGCCUCUGGUCCCGAAACUCGAAGAAUUGACGAUUAUGACCCUUGUGUGUCGUCCGCUGGAUGGAUUCCAAAGUUUGGCGGAUGCGAUCGCUUCUCGUGACGGCGCGCUGCGCGCGGUCAGCCUCUAUACAGUUGUCGGUCAGUACGACCUAACGGCCAGGGAAGGACUCUUCGAUUCAGGUAGACCGUGUACUGUGAGCAUCAAAUAUGAUCUCUCGCCGGAAGAAUACGCAGAAAUAUGGGAGGAUAUGAGGCGCGUCUGAGGCUGGCGAUAAGUCUUUGGGACGAAGGUGGCGAUUUACAAUUAUUCAGGCGGUCGACAUGAUUAGCAUACGAACUUUGGUAGCGUUCUAUAACCACAUCCAACAUCGCACCUAAGG